GCGGCCUGUAAUUGCAUCGGGGCGGGACUCGGUUGCCACCGUCUCUGAAGGAUUUCCACGGUUCGUUUCUACCCCUGUCAGCUAUAUGCACUUAUAACCUCAUUUCACCAGGAGAACCAUUUUCGAUAAAAAUGCCCGGUCCCAGUAAUUCAAGGAAGAAACGGAAAUCUCAAGGCAAAAACCGUCAUCAGAGGAAGUCGAGUAGCGGGUCAUCGCCGUCAAUUAUUUUAUUAUCUCUGAAGGACGUGAAAGACGCGCCCGAGGCUGGUUUUCACGGCGAAGAGCAGGGGGAAGAACGGAGGAGAUCUGUUGCGAGCGACUUGUCUGUGGAUACAACUGGACUCAGAACCCCCGGUUCUCCAGUUGUUUCUGGUCCUCAAGAUGGUGGGUCGGCUGCAUUUGGAAAGGCACAAGCAGUAGGAGAAGUUGAAGCGUCGACUAUCAUUUUCCCGGACUAUGCGACCGAUGAUUCCUCAACCACGCAUGAGGAAACGCCAUGCCUCAAAGUCGAACAGCUAGUUUCAAUGCCAGCUUCAGAAUGGCAACAACUCCCCGAAGGGCUACCCACGUAUGCUCCAGGCAAACACGAUGAUAUCCUCUUGAAGGAGCCCUGCAUUCACGAUUCGGGAAACGGUCCUCGAGUACGAAAUACCCGCGAAUUCCUAGCAUCCCGCUUUUUCGCACAUCCACCCGCUCUAGAAGAUCCACUACGCGCAGAAUUUUCUCAAGUGGAAGUGCUACAGAUGCUCAAGACGGUGUUACCGGAAGAGAUGGCUUUGAUCUUAUGGUACAAUAAAAGUCGAGCGACGAGCCGAAUAUGUCCAGCUUGCCACCGUCUAUAUCUCGUAGGAGACGUCUUGUCUGAUGCCAUCGACCUCAUAGAAGAAAACCCAAUAUCCGAUAACCCUCCAACGCCUUCAUCUGGAAUUCACCCACAACUCCGACGUGAACAAGAUCUCAGCGGUCUCUGUUCAUCCAUAUGCUUUAUCCUAGCAUCUGUCGCUCAAUGCGAUCCGCUCAGUAUAAAAGCAACAUGGGGCCAUACAGCUGACGAAAUCGACGAUAAGUCCUGGUCACAAAUCAGCCAGUCGCCUGAUGACAUAAAGUCGAGUAAUUUCAGAGAACUGACGAUGGUUCUAAGAAUGACACGUCUGCACGACCUCGGUUUGAGGCAGCUUUGUUUUCCGGACCUCGACUUGGAUAAACCGACAUGCGAUGACUAUGGGGAAGAGGUCUCGGAGUAGAAUUUUCUUAUGAUUAUAUCAUCUGCUUGAAUUUAUUCGAUCUGCAACGAAGGACAAAGACGAUGCUCACAUAUCCUUAUUUCUGUUAUCAUAACGGGGACACAUUUACUGUAAUCGAAUAACCAAUCUAAUGGCA